AUGAUGAGUCCGCGUGCACUUCAUGCUACAUACUUCUUUGAUUCGGUGUUUCCGGGCACCUAUGAGGUCCAGCUGGUCUUGGCAUCGGCUACUACCCCUACAACCCUUCCUGCCAACAACUGGUGCUGGGCCCCAGCCGCAAAUCAACAGAAGACCAGUCACCCGCGUCUAAUCACUGUCGUUGAUAGAAAUUUGGACGUGAGGAGCACCCCCAAUCUGCGCUUUGAACAGACCGGAUUCCGCAUCCACCUGGAGACACCCCUGCUAGAUGCCGGUUUUGACCGUUCGGUGGAUUUCACAGUUGCCCCGCUUGAUGACCGCAAAGCGUCCAAGAAGCCUGGCGACAAAGUGCCAGUUAGUCAAGUUUCAAAAAUGACGCCUGUUCACUACACGUUUACAAAACCGGUCAGCACGAUUUGUCUUCCCAAAGAGCCUCAAUCCGUUACCUUCGAGUCUAAAACAGACUGCCUUCGCCUGUCGACAUCUCAACCAAGCGUUGCACAUGUUACGAAAGAUGUGCCUAUUUCAAAUCCGGCCUUUAGCGUUCAACUACAGGUCUCUGAACUGCCCAUUAAUGUCACUGUCGAGGUCUCGACUGAGUUCAUCAGCCUUUCUGAGCGGAGCAUGCCAAAAUUGCUCAUUGAAGCCGCCGUCGAGAAACCAGGCGGGAUUCUGAAACCCACCACUCAACUGCCUUCUACCAGUUGGGAAAAAGAUGGCGAGAAGUACGUGGCGAAAUCGGGCCUCUGGGUCGCCCCCGGUGACAUUGUCCACCUGACUGUUCGACCUUCACCAGACUCGAUCUCGGCCGUCUAUCCCCUCAUCGUGCCAUCCACCCGCACCCUCCAGAUUCCCGGUCCUCUCACCCUCCGUGGCUCUCACUAUGACGUGGAAGACGUUCUGGUUAAUGUCUUUGCUGACGAGGACUUGGUGUCCUCUACCCUGCCGACGGAACCUAUUGACCUCAGCGACUUUUCGGACAAGGGAGACGAAGCACUACCCGCUCUGGUUACGCGAACCCUCACAAAUGCCACUGGAUUCUUCAAAGUCGGACCCGUCUACUUCCAGGAGGCUGGCCGCUCAGCCUCACCCUCCUCCCUUCUCACCGUGCGUCUCCAGAAGCCUGGCUACGAAUUCUCCCUCAAAACCCUCGCCGCUGAUCAGACUGAUUCCAGGGGUCAUUUAUGGACCUUCACUGCCCGCAAGUUGGCCCUUGUUGAGCUCAAACUCGCCGACGAGGCCGGCCAACCGCUGCAGAACACCCUUGUUACAAUCGUCGGUAGUGCGUACCGCGGCAGUGAGACAACCGGCAGUUCAGGUUUUGUCCGAUACGUGGGCCUGCCUCCAGGUUAA